AUGGUUUCCGCCGACGUGGCCCGGAACAUCGUCGGCAUCAUUGGCAAUGUCAUCUCCUUCGGCCUCUUCCUCUCCCCUGUGCCAACGUUCUGGCGGAUCUACAAGGCCAAGGACGUGGAGGAGUUCAAGCCAGACCCCUACCUGGCGACGCUCAUGAACUGCCUGCUCUGGUUCUUUUACGGGCUCCCCAUCGUCCACCCCAACAGCACCCUCGUCCUCACCAUCAACGGCAUCGGCCUUGUUAUCGAGGGCGCCUACAUCAUCAUCUUCAUCAUCUACGCGGCCAAGAACACAAGGUGGAAGAUGCUCGGCGUGCUCGCCAUCGAGGCGGCGUUCAUGGCUGCCGUGGUGGCCGGUGUGCUCGUGGGCGCUCACACCCAUGAGAAGCGCUCCAUGAUCGUAGGCAUCCUCUGCGUCAUCUUCGGAUCCAUCAUGUACGCCUCCCCGCUCACCAUCAUGGGUAAAGUGAUCAGGACCAAGAGUGUGGAGUACAUGCCGUUCUUCCUGUCGCUGGUGAACUUCCUCAAUGGCUGCUGCUGGACGGGCUAUGCACUCAUUAAGUUUGACAUCUACAUCACGAUCCCCAAUGCCCUCGGUACAAUCUUCGGCCUCAUCCAGCUGAUACUGUACUUUUACUACUACAGAUCGACCCCCAGGAAGGGCAAGAACGUUGAACUGCCCACUGUCCUCACUAAAAACGCCGUUACCAGCGGCAACGUCUCGGUCACCGUCGAGAAAUAA